GUCUCUCUAGGUAUUAGUUGGUGAGGUGCCUUAUUGAUGAAUGGGGUAAUGGACCUUUUUAAAUUCAAGCUGAUUAUGUGUUCAAGUUUUCUGUUUUCUUCUGUUUAUUUGAGCUUGAGUAGUCUUUUGGAGGGUUAUCAGAAUUGUUUGCUUCUCAAGUAGGUAGCUUCAGUAACAGGGUAGAGACACUCAUUAUGGAGCAAAUUUCAAUUCGCACAUAUUUGUUUUUUUUUUUUUCUUUUUCUUUUCUUUUCUUUUUUUUGACUAAUUUGGUUAUUUGCCAUUUCUGGGGAUUAAACUUUAAAAAAUGUUCUUCUUUUCUGUAUCUGAUGUUCUGUGUGCUAUUAGUGACGCAGCCAACACGAACGGUUGUCAUGUGUAACACAACUUUCGAUCACCGCGAAAACAGCGUCCUGGGAAAGCGUCCAUGCUUGAUAUCGUUUGGUUCAUGAACAUUAAGUUUCCAGUACAGGUAAAAUCCCAGAAGAAGCCAAAGCCCUUUCUUUACUGGCUCCUGCUCCAACAAUGACAAGCCUAGUGCCUGGUGCAGGGUUGCUUCCCAUCCCGACCUCCAGUCCCCUGACGGCAGUGAGCAGUCUUGGUGUUUCACUUAGCAGUUUGGGAGCCAUACCGGCAGCAGCACUGGACCCAAAUAUUACAACACUGGGAGAGAUCCCACAGCCACCACUUAUGGGAAAUGUGGAUCCUUCCAAAAUUGAUGAAAUUAGGAGAACAGUUUAUGUUGGAAAUUUGAAUUCACAGACAACGACAGCUGAUCAACUACUUGAAUUUUUUAAACAAGUUGGAGAAGUGAAGUUUGUUCGGAUGGCAGGUGAUGAGACUCAGCCAACUCGGUUUGCUUUUGUGGAAUUUGCAGACCAAAAUUCUGUACCAAGGGCCCUUGCUUUUAAUGGAGUUAUGUUUGGAGACAGGCCACUGAAAAUAAAUCACUCCAACAAUGCAAUAGUAAAACCUCCUGAGAUGACACCUCAGGCUGCAGCUAAGGAGUUAGAAGAAGUAAUGAAGCGAGUACGGGAGGCUCAGUCAUUUAUCUCAGCAGCCAUUGAACCAGAGUCUGGAAAGAGCAAUGAGAGGAAAGGCGGUCGAUCUCGUUCCCACACUCGCUCAAAGUCCAGGUCUAGCUCAAAAUCCCAUUCUAGAAGGAAGAGAUCACAGUCAAAGCACAGGAGUAGAUCCCAUAACAGGUCACGUUCAAGACAGAAAGAUAGGCGUAGAUCCAAGAGCCCACAUAAGAAACGCUCUAAGUCUAGGGAGAGGCGGAAGUCAAGGAGCCGGUCGCGGUCACGGGACAAGAGAAAAGAUACCCGAGAAAAGGUAAAGGAAAGAGUGAAGGAGAGAGAGAGGGAAAGGGAGAGAGAGAAGGAAAAGGAGCGUGAAAAAGACAAGGAACGGGGUAAAAACAAAGAUAAAGACCGCGAGAAAGAAAAGGACCAUGAGAAGGAGAGAGACAAAGAGAAGGAGAAGGAACAAGAAAAAGACAAGGAGCGGGAAAAAGACAGAUCCAAAGAGACAGAUGAAAAACGGAAGAAGGAGAAGAAGUCCAGAACACCACCCCGAAGUUACAAUGCGUCCCGACGGUCUCGUAGUCCCAGCAGAGAAAGGCGGAGGAGGAGGAGCAGGAGUUCUUCCAGAUCGCCAAGAACAUCAAAGACUGGAAAAAGAAAGUCGUCUAGGUCGCCUUCUCCCAGGGGCCGAAAUAAGAAAGAUAAAAAGAGAGAAAAAGAUCGGGACCACAUCAGUGACAGGAGAGAAAGAGAACGUUCCACCUCCACAAAAAAGAGUUCUAGUGACCGAGAUGGGAAGGAGAAGGUGGAGAAGACUAACACACCAGUUAAGGAGAAGGAACACAGUAAAGAGGCAGAUUCAGCCGUGAGCAAAGAUGCAGAUGAGAAGGGCUCUCCAAGGACUGAGGAGGAGAGUAAAGUACAGCACAAUGGGAACUGCCAACCAAGCGAAGAGAGCCCAUGCAGCAAGGCUGACGCUGUGUAGCCUGCCACUCUGUCCCCUCCACGGUGGGAUCACAUCCAAAGCUUUCAGUUCCAAAACAAGGUGUAAAUGGAGGAAGAAACCCAUAUAUGGUACCUAAAGCUUUUCCAGCUAUGAGGUGACAUUGUGGACAUCUUGUUACUGAGCAUGGGCAUCAUGAAAUACCAGAUGGUACCCAAACUGAACAUCUUCUGAAGUCUGCAUUUCCAUGGUGGCUGCCACUCUUGUCAUGUGGUGGGUACAUCAAUGUUUGCCAGAAAAGCAGAGAUCCAGAGUGGAACUAUCCACAGAGAUGAGCAGUGGAGGCUCUUAAAAAUAACUUUAGUUACUGAAUUUUGUAUUGUUUUACUUUUUUUAAAAAAAAAAUUCAAUAUAUACAGUUUGAUGAUGUGCUUGAAAUUUGUGCAAAUAUACAUACACCCUUGUAAAGUGCAAAUUAUGUAAGAAGUUUUAACAUUUACUUCACAGGAAUUACAGUGAUUGUGAUAAGUCUUCACUAUUGGAUUUUCUUUUGCCCACUGUUUUGAACAUCAGUUUUUCUUUAAAACAGUUUUACAGAUUAACAUUGCUUAAAUAAGUGAUUAAAAACCAACUGACAAUGCAUGCUACUGUUCUUCAGAAGAAGAGCAGCUGUGUUGAAUACUAAUAAUGCAUUCAGUGUUUAGAAUCAUUGGGUCUGCCAUAAAACGAGCAUUUCUUCUUAAACUUCCUUAACAUUUCCAAGCUCAUGAAGAACAUUGCAGUGUGUCUUGUCAGCUGUAGGUGGCAAAGAUGCCCUUAUUAAAAGAAAACUGAGUUUUCAAAAGUGGGCUAUUGGAGCACAAGCUGAAGCUUUAGUGCCUUCUACAAUGUGUGGUAUACUGUUUUCUAGGAUUUUAUAUGUGCUAGUCAUUCUUAAUUCAUAUGGAAUCUAUAUGGCUGUAUUCUAUUCACACCUGUUGGGAACUGUUCAAGUGGUGUGUCAGAAGCACUUCUUAAUUCAGAUAAGAAAAGGAAGUCCUGUUUACAAGAUGUAUGGAGGUUCAAACAACAGUGUAGCUUGGGGACCACCAGUUUUAUACUGUGAUGAUUAAACAGGAGACACGCCCUUACAUGAUCUGAGGAAACCUGUGCGUUGACUUCAUUGGAUGGCCUUAAUAUUAACUUGCAGUCAUUUUCUCCCAGUUAUACUUAAAUUAUACUUAAAGGAAGGACUAGGAGCAUAUGGAGAGGUAAUUUUGUGUUUAAUGAUAUGCUCAAGUUUAAGAGACAAGGUCAUCCAUCAAUCUUAGGCUCCACUUUUUGCAGAAGGUAUGCAAGUAGUAAAACAGCAUCUGUUAAUGUUUUCUCCAAAACUAUACAUUCUAGUUAAUGCACUAUUAUUCGUUAUUGUUACAUUUCCAGAACAAACAAAACCCCACUUUUAAUUUGCAAAGGUUAUUUGAAAAUCAAGUGUGAUUAUUUUAACAGAACCUAAUACAAUCAAAUUACUCAGUUGCCUUACCUCAUGAAGAGUUACUUUCACAGAUUUAUAAAGCCAAGUAGCACUUUAGUUCCUUGGUUUCAACUUGAGUCUUUUUUUCACAUCAAUACUGUCGAAACUAUAAUCUAAGACAAAGAUCCUUUCUGCAAAUCAUAAAGCCUGGUUCGAUUAUGAAGCUGCUUAAUCAUCUUCAGGUGUUCAGAAUUACUGUGUGUAUGUUUGUAUUUUCUUUUUUGUCACUGUGUACAUUAAACUUUUGGAAAAUGCUUUACUAUGUAAAGUAUAGAUGGCCAUUUUAAUCAUUUAGCCACAUCCGGUUGGCUGAUAAACAGCUUAUUCUGAUACAGAAAUACUUGGAUACCUGUGGAGAGAUUGUGAAGGAGUGUCUCACUUCAACCGCUGUCUUAUUUAUGAAAUGUAAGUAGAAUAGAGCAAAUGUUGGAAUCUUUGUUAUUUUUUAGUACCAUUUCUCUAAUAAAGUUGAGUAUUUUAGCGGAAA